AUGUCGGAGGAAAUCGAAUAUUUUAAAAUUUUACAACGCAGACGGAAAUAUUACAACAUUUUCAUAUUUGUAACAUUAAUAAUAUCUCUUUUACUACUUAUAAUAUUACUAUAUCCCUCUUAUUUUACAGAUUUUGGAAGGAAUGAGCAUACUUCAAAUAAUACUAUUAAUCAAAACAACAACUUGAAUUCAUCUCUUACUACAAACAGUACAACAAAUGUCUUUAAAAGGACAAUCGAUAAUAUAAUAUGUUAUUUAAAACUAGCAUAUAGGAAUUUUACUGAUGGAUAUUAUUAUGUUUUAGAUUGUUUACUUUAUUAA